CUAGAGAAAUCCAAUUGAUGUAUUUUUUGGUCAGUGAGCUGAAGGAUUUGCAAUAUUGAUCAUGCUAACCUACAGCUGUGUUCAAAAAGGGACGCUCAUCUCUGAAAACAUAACUGUCCUGGAAAAGCAGAGAUGGUGACAGUAGCGCCCAGCCAGGAGAGUGGGUCUGCAGAAGUGAAGAGGGAAACCCCAAAGCUUGGUGCUAAGCUCCUGAGCCCACCCACCAAGAUGUCCUGCCAGCAGAACCAGCAGCAGUGCCAGCCCCCUCCCAAGUGUGCCCCCAAGUGCCCCACCCCUAAAUGCCCCCCAAAGUGUCCCCCGAAGUGCCCCCCAGUCUCCUCCUGCUGUGGCCCCAGCUCCGGGGGCUGCUGCAGCUCUGGCUGUGGGGGCUGCUGCAGCUCUGGAUGUGGGGGCUGCUGCCUGAGCCACCACAGGCGUCGCAGGUCCCACCAUCGCCGCCGACUCCAGAGCUCUGAUUGCUGCAGCCAGCCUUCGGGGGGCUCUGGGUGCUGUGGAGGAGGGAGUGGUCAGUCCUCUGGAGGUGGCUGCUGCUGAAGUAGACCCUGAGCCACGAAGAGCUGACCUGGGGACAACAGAUGGACAAACACUUCCUCCUUCUCCUGCCCCUCCUGCUCGGCCUGCCCCAGUUGCUAGGGAGUCUGGGUGAGGCCUUUGAGCUCUGGUCCAGGGAGUACUUUUCCUUGGGUCCAGGAGCCCCAAACUCCCUCCCAAAUACAUUUAUUCACCUCCUUUUCAUAUGUGUGGAAUCUCAGAACCCGAAAGCACGACCCCGUGUCCCUCUGAAGCUUCUCUAUUUGCAUAAACCAGCCUGAUGUGAAACAAUAAAGCUAGAAGUCUGCAUUC